AUGUUCACCCGGACCCUCACCCUCGCGGCCCUCGCGGCCACCUCGGCCCUGGCAACUCCCGCGGUCAAUGUGUACUGGGGACAGUCAGGCGGAGCAGAGGACAGGCUCAGCAGCUACUGCGAUGGGUCCAUGGAAUAUGUCACCGUCGGCUUCAUCAACAACUCUCCCGAGAACGACCCGUCCGGCUUGGGCUAUCCCGGCAGCGAUUUUGGAGUCCAUUGCCAGGCUUCCAAGUACCAGGACCCCAAUGGCGUCGACUCGAAACUCCUGAACAAGUGUGGUCAGAUUGCCGCUGAUGUCCGGUACUGCCAGAAGAAGGGGAAGAAGGUGCUUCUGUCUAUUGGUGGUGAAUGGAACCCGCCCAAGUCCGACUACACCAUCUCGAGCGGUCCUGCUGGUGAGGCUUUUGCCGACUUUGUUUGGGGAGCAUUCGGGCCUUACAACGACAACUGGGAGGGAAAGCCUCGUCCGUUCGAUGAUAACUAUGGCGCCGAACCGGGGGAGGAGCACUUUGUUUUUGAUGGUUUCGAUUUUGACAUUGAGUACCAGUUCGCGGACCAGACCGGUUACGUCGCCAUGGUCCGCAGGCUGCGAGGCCUGGUUAACCUUGACACGACCCGGGAGUAUCUCAUCACGGCGGCUCCUCAAUGCCCCUUGGUAGACGAAUACUUCCAAAUGAAGACCAUCAUCGACACGUGCCAGUUUGACGCGCUAUUCAUACAGUUCUACAACAACCCGAUGUGCGCCGGCGUCGACAACAAUAACUUCGAUGCCUGGGUGUCGUACCUCCAAAACACCCCCAGCAAGGACGCUAAAAUCUUCCUCGGCCUCCCUGGUUCUCCAGACGCUGCGCAGUCGGGCUUCUUGCAGCCGGAUCAAGCUAAAACCUUGAUCAACAAGCACAAGAACAAGCCUUCCUUUGGUGGUGUCAUGGUCUGGGACGCGUAUUUCGGCGGCUUGCAGACCGACGGCAAUGGAACCCCCUACUACGACCUGGUCCACAGCUUGGCCGGCGGAGCGUCCCCGACCACCACGACGCCGUCACUCCCGAGCUCGACGGCCAAGGUCUGCACCAAGUAUUACACCGUUGUCUCCGGAGAUACUUGCUACGACCUGGCCAACUUCUUUGGUAUCACCUUGGACGAAUUGAUCAGCUACAACCCUACCCUUGACAGCAGCUGCGGGCUUUGGGUUGGCCAAGUCCUUUGCUUGGGCAUGGGAUCGCCGGCUCCUGUCACCACCACCUCGGUCACUAGCACUUUGAUCACCACUACCAAGGCGUCGACCUCCACGAAGGCGUCGACCUCCACGAAGGCGUCGACCUCCACGAAGGCGUCGACCUCUACGAAGGCGUCGACCACUAGCAAGGCGUCGACCACUAAGGCCGCGACUACGACCAAGGCGACCACCACCAAGCCGUCGACAACCUCCAAGGUGUCGACUUCCACCAAGGUAUCAUCGACUACCAAGGCGACUACCACUAAGGCCGCGACAACCUCAAAGGCGACCACUACCAAGCCGUCGACGUCCAAGGUGUCGACCUCUACGAAGGCAUCGACAACCUCAAAGGCGACAACCGUCAAGCCAUCAACUACCAAGACGACUGUCACCAGCAAGGCAUCGACCACCAGAGCGGCGACCACCAAGGCCACGACUACGGCCAAGGCGACCUCCACAAAGGCGGCCACUACCAAGGUGACUGUCACCAGCAAAGCGUCGACCACUAAAGCAGCCACUACUAAGCCAUCGACUACGACCAAGUUGUCGACCACUAAGAAGACGACUCUUACCACUAAGGUAUCGACCUCCGCCAAGGCGUCGUCGACCUCUAAAGCGGCCACCACCACCACAUCGGCCGAUGUCACCUCGACGACGGCUAGCGGUGCGCCUGCUACCACCUCGGUUGAUGAUGAUGACAGCUGCGAGGACGACCAAACUAGUACUUCCGCAGUCGAAUCUGCGACCACCACUGAUUCUUCUGCCUCUGCUACGGCCACCCCUGCUACCACUGAGUCUGCCGUCGAAUCCGUGACCUCCUCGUCUAGCGGCGCCACCAUCACUGCGUCCGACAGCUGGACCACGUCAACCAUCUACUCAACCACCACGUACACCAUCACCAGCUGCGCGGCCACCGUCACUGACUGCCCGGGCAAAAUCGGCCACGUCACCACCGAGACCAUCAUCAUUGGCACCACCGUCUGCCCAGUCACAGCGACCGCGACCGCGACGGAGGCGACGACAACCGCGCCUUCGUCGCUCCCCGAGGGCUGGACCACCUCCACCGUGUACUCGACCACGACCUACUCCAUCACCAGUUGCGCCCCGACAGUCACAGACUGCCCGGGCAAGGUCGGCCAGGUCACGACCGAGAUCAUUGCCAUUGGCACCACGAUCUGCCCCAUCACCGCUAGCGAGGGGUCGCCCAAGCCGACUGGUAGUGCGGGUGGUGAAGGAGGGGACUCGACUACCACUACCUCCCUCACCAGCACGACCACCCGCUUCACUACGCUGACGUUGCCUAAGCCCGCGCCUACUACCUCUGUCAUUGAGGAAUUGCCUUCCUCCGCGGUGUCGACUGGUCCAGCGGGUGGGUUCCCCGUUACUAGUGCCGCUAUUCCUAGUGGUAGCAGCACUGGAUCUGUGGGCGCGCAUCCUGUGACAGCUGGGGCGGGACGUAAUGCGGUCGCGGCGGUUGGGGUUCCGGGUAUGUUCGUUGCUGUUGGGUUGAUGGUGUUUGGGUUUUAG